GUUCUCUUUCGCGCUAAAAGGCCCAGUCGCUUUUCCCCGCGUUCGGUCCAACGCGACAUUUCAUUUACCGUGGCAUUCCUCUUGACUCGCGAAAAACACACACGCACACGUCGGACAAGUAAGCGACAGAAACAGCGCAGCCAGCGUCGUAGGACUGCGAUCGACAUGGCUUGCUUUGAUGGACCUACCAGCGCAAACCUGCCUGCCAAACCUGACCAAUAAAAUAGUAGUACAGGGUUCAGAACCGACGAAGCGAGCAAUGAUGCGCGGCAGAAUUCUACCAGAACGUUGUUUUCCUGGUCCAUUCCGUACGUACAGGCAGCAAGCCAGCUAGCUGUACCGCAGAGGGAAAGGCAAUAAUGGAGAUCGCUUGAAUCGCCCUGCCCUGAAGAAUCUAAAGGCUCCUGUCGCUGCUGUUGUUUCUCUCCUUUCCAUCACCACCAACCCCUUCUCCCCCUCCCCUUUUCCCUGUCCCCAACAACACCACGGUCCUUACGAUGCAAUACAACGUCGCCAUUCUGCUGGCCGUCGCGCUUGCGGCCAGCCAGGUCAACGCUGGCCUUCCCGAGGGAGCCACUCAGCCCAUUGAUGCUGCCAAGGCUGCUGCUCCUGCGCAGCUCGCCGACAUCCCCGCGAAGCUCGCUGCGGCACCUUCCAAGCUUGCGUCGGCUCCUUCCAAGCUCUCCGGCGUGCUGCCGAAGCAGAUGAAGAGCGCGCCGGGCAAGCUGGCUAAGGGCGCCAAGGCUGCUGCUCCUUCGCAGCUCACCAAUGCCCCCUCGGAGCUUGCCAAGGCCCCCUCGAAGCUCGCCGACGCCCCCGCGGAGCUUGCUUCGGCCCCUUCUAAGCUCUCCAGCCUGCUGCCAGAGCAGGUGACGAGCGAACCGGGCAAGCUGGCUGAUGCCGCCGCUUUUUACGGUGAGAGUGCAAAGAGCGCCGCCAAGGCUGGCAUGGACGCCAUCACGGGCGCACCGGCCUAUGUGGCCUCGAUGCCCGAGAAGGUCGGCAACGUCGCCGACGCGACCAAGAACCUCGCCUCGGCCGCCAAGCCCGAGCUCCCGACGGCGCAGGACCUGUGCCAGACCGACGACGACGGUGACCGCGUCGGUUUCUGCAACGGCCUCGCGCCCUCGGUCGAGUCCGACGGUGAAAAGGAGACGCUGCUCCGGCGCCAGGACUUCCUCGACGCCCUGUGCGAGCACGACGGCGCGACCGAGGUUGGCUUCUGCCACGGCCUCAUCCCCGACGCCAAGCUCGGCAACCUCGACGCGACCAAGGGCAAGCGAGCCGACCAGGACCUGCUCGGUCUCGCCAACACGUACGCGCCCGACGUGACAAAGGCCGUCACGUCGCUUCUCCAGCCUUGCGACCAGGCCGAUGACGCGCAGCAGAAGGUGCCCGGCCUCGAGGGGCUCUGCAAGACGCUCGUGCCCGACGCAAAGGAGCAGGCCGUCGCCGCGGCCAACGGCGGCGGACUCGUCAUCAAGCGCCAGGUCGACUACGGCGUCAAGAAGGGUCUCGAGGGCUCGGCAAAGGGCUUCAAGGCAAGCGAGGACCAAGUCGUGGGCACCAUCGAGCACCCCCCUACGCCUGAGCAGCUGCUCCAGACCGUCGGCACAACCGUCCUUGGCACCGCGCUCAAGUCGCUGCCUAACCGCAGGCGCCAGCUUGGGCUCGAGAUGCUCCUCCCCUGUGCUCACGGUGAAGGAAAGGACCUCAAGGGCGAGGCCGGCUUCUGCAACAGCCUCAUUCCCUCGGCACACGAGCGAGACGUCAUGAGCGUCGUCCGUCGCAGCAUCGCCGCAAAGAUGCACAGCCGCUUCGUCAAGCGUACCCAGAGGUUCUGAGGGUUGUAAACCUCAUCCCCUUCUCGCUCUCUUCAUCAUCAUAAACACACUCCUUACCUUGCGCCGCUGGUCACCGUUCUCGCUUUCAUUCACACUCUCCUCAUUGUCUUAUUUUCCACAGCGCUUCGUCAUCGCCUUUCUAUUCACUCUGAUACACACCUCGGUUGUCGUGUCAAUGUUCAUCAUUCCUAUUGGAUCCGCUUAAUGCUACAAUUUUCGUCCAUUUCCUGUCCAUGGCAAGAUAGAGCGUCAGCUGCCUUUCCCUCCCA